UGUGUGUUUUCUGCAUGUUAAUCCCGUCUUAAGCGUAAUUAUCUACAAAGCCGACGGAACAGUAUUGUACUGAAUACUCGUACCUGUCAAUUCUGUGUAUUGUGGCCUCUGUCUUAACUAGUUUACUGCGACUCGACCUCGAACCAUUAUAACAGCACCUUGGUGAUUGGGGGCGAAGACAAAGUUCAUAAAAUGAAAUGGUUAGUUAAAACCUAUCGAUCGCACAAAGAAGAUAAAACUCAGUGAAAUAUAUUGGUAUAGAUACUCAUUCCUCAUACGCUCUUGCAUGGAGCAGGUUUAAUUGAAUUUCGUUGCGUUGGCACGUCCGAUUUGAGCCGACAAGAGACAAUUGCAUAAGCUGGACACGGAAUUUCUGAGAAUCCUAAGAAAGAUACUUCUUGACUGAAUAUUAAUAUCCUGACGAGAUAUACCGGAUAUCAUGAUUAAUCAGACUGACUACAAAGGAAAUGCGACCGGGUCUAAUGACUCAACGCAAGUAACAGACUCGGAUGGUGUCCAACAUGGUUUCCCUUUAGUGGCAGUUCCAGCUCUGGUCUUUAUGGUAUUCAUACUAGUGAUAAAUGGCUGUGUGAUUCUGCUCAUCGGAUCUUACUCAUCUUUACGAACAACCAGCAAUAUCAUCCUGGCCAGUUUGGCCGUAUCGGACUUCCUAGUGGGUCUGGUUAAUAUUCCAAUCCUCUUGGCAUGUUCUACCACAAUGAUAUCUGCCCUCUGUAUCAGCACUUAUACCUUUAACACAUUUACAGCACUGUCUACUGUGCUACAUAUCUCAGUUAUGACCUGUGACCGUUACAUUUAUAUCACGUGGGCGUUACGCUACCAAGAUAUUGUUAACCGCUGUAGGGUCGUGGCAGUCCUUGGUGUGACAUGGUUCCUCAGCCUUGCUUCCUUAGUUCGCCUUUGGUGGACGUGGGACCUUAACAUCAACAAAUCGGAAGAACACCUUGCUCGGGAAGAAUUGCAGGAGACAAUCUUCUUUUUGUUCAAUAUCAUCGUGUUUUUCGUUAUUCCAUUGGUUGUCAUGAUUGUUCUCGACGCGCGCAUGUUGUUGUUGCUUCGCAGACAAUGCGCGAGAAUUGCGCGUGAAAAUAUGCCAUCACAAUGUAUGGAAUACGAACAGAGGAUGCAAAAAAGACAAAGAAGAUUUGUUUUGACUUGUGUUCUGCUCUUAGCCCUGUACGUUUUUUUCUGGUUGCCGUAUUUUAUCAUGGAGAUUCUACAACAGUACCAUCAGGGGCAAGUGCCAACUCAAAUUUCCAACACCAUUUACUACCUUCGCCUUUGUACCUCAAUAUCUAACCCAUUAAUCUACACCCUAAGGAAACAUGAUCUGAAGAGAAAAGUAAAGGAUAUUUGUAAGGCGACAUUUUCUGGCCGGUAUAACAGUUUAUCCGGGACAAGACAGGAUGAUAUACCCCUUUAAGCGAUGGAAUAGGUGUAAUCUGCUUCAUAUAUUUGUCCCUAAGUAUUAUGUGACUUGCCUCUGACGUGGUGUGAUCCAAUUGCUGACUUUGCCCCACCCCCUCCCCCCCUCCUCGUAAGGUAUGUAGAGUAAAAUAUCGAGUUUAAAGACGGAGAGUUACAACGCGAGUUUUACGCACUGAACGAUUAAGUUUUUCUGCGUGAGCAUUCUAUAAUGUAACGUUCAGGGGUUCAAAUUUAAAAUUCGAUGACAGUCGAAGUUAUGGUAUGUUUUCUGUCGCUGGUCGCGAAAAGUUUUUCAGGGCGAUAAUAAUACGAAAAUCUCAAAUAGCGUUGAUGUUUUUCCGUGGAAUUCCAUCCGAGAUUUCGUUUACAUCGCGUAUUGCACCGCAUAAAAGAAGUGAAUUUGUUACAUUUACCGAAACUUUGAGAAGUGAGAGUCUUCAGGAAACGAUCAAAAAGGAGAAGUCACCUCGGGGCAAAUCUAAGAGAAGUCCUGAGCCCAAAAAGUUGAAGGCAGAAGUUUUUGAUGAAGCGAAAGCGUUUGACCUUACCUUUCGGUUUUUCCUUACGGAUGUUUUGAACUUCAUUUAACUGUUUUCCCUGGUGAGGUCUCGAGAUGACCCUUCCCUCGAAUUUCAAUGGACCUCUCUCACACAGGACUUGCCAGGGAGUUCAAUGUUGUCUUUCAUUGGUUGGCAGCAUGGCCAAAUCGAUAUUCGCUCAAAACGAGGUGCGAAAACUGUGAAUUUCUCUGUAAGCAAAAAUCUCGAAGUUUGUUUUUAGGCAGGUUACCUCUACUUAAACGAGUUAACAGGGAACGUUGUUUUGACGGAUUUUGAUGAAACUCGGCCGGAAUAUUCGUCAGUUAACAAUACUCUAAAAGGUGUGUAUUUCUCUGUCGUCUUCUUUUCUUAUUAGACUUCCCAACGCAUGAAAACAGCCAACAUACUUUUUAUCGUUCAAAUUUAAAAUAGAUUUUCUUCUUUAUUUGGAUGACCGCAUCAACGCGAAGGUUAGUUAGUUAAACAUACAUCAUCAGUUUUGUUUUUUAAGAUUUGCGCGUGCCUACCAAAACAAAAACUGUCAAAACUUUUGAAAUUUUUAGAAUCUACAUGUAUACUUCGAUAGUUUAGCAGCGAUGUAUAGUUUUCUGUCGUUCUUUCAAAGUAGCACCCUAUUUUGUAGACAAUAACCUUGAGAUUCGUAGUUUGUCUGAUAAACAUGAAGCACCGCAGAAUGGGUUUCCAUGAAAGGUGCGUUCCCUCCCAUUGAUGGCCAUUUACGGUCGUCCCGAAUAUGUUAACCUUACUCGGUGGUUAAACAUUAUAGUGCGCAUGGGUAUUUUGCGAGUUGCCCAGUAUUUUAGCAGUAUAGGAGCAAUAAACAAAAUAUUAAACCAUGUUAUGAGGGAUUCAUUAUUUCACCUUUAUUCAAUUUUCGUAGUAUUUAAACAUUUAGUUUACGAUAUACUGCGCGAAAGACGGAGACAACAGUAACAAAAUAAUUCAAGUGUUCUCUGCGACCAACAAGAAAUAAUUAUAUUGCACUUAAAAGUUCGCUUCUUUGAAAGUCAAGCAGAGAAAAUACCACGCAAUUCGCAAAAUACCCGUGCGUGAUUUAAAACCAUUCAAGAAGUUUUAUUAUAUCAUUACUCAAGAGCAUUUUUAUGUAAAUAACGAACAUUUGAUCACUCACUUUAGCUUUGUUUGAAUUAUCAGUACACUGCUGUGUUAGAUCACAGAUGAUCUGUUCUUUGAAAAUUGCUUUCUAAGUUAUAAAUGCUUCUGAAAUUAAUUUGUUCAUUUAAGGAGGGAUUUGAUAUCUAAUUGCUAAGAGACAGGUUAUAAAACGAUUUGAUAUGAUGCGGUAGGUGAGAAAAAUAAAAUAAA